AUAUAUUAUCAUCUCUCUUGCGCAGAUCCCAUGAUUCCAAUCCCAAAUUUUGCUCAGAAUUUCACAUGGCCCGACCCGAAAGCAAACACAUUGCGUCUACCUAUAAAUACCCAGCAACCAACCCGACACAUUUCUUCCCUCAUCAAACAAAAUUCUCGAGGUUGAAGAAAAUGGCCGCCAUUGUCAUGAUAAUACCCAGAGUUUGUCUCCUUUUUCUCGCCUUUAUAGUUUCUCUGGAAGCUAAUUCCGCUGCUGCUGACGCUCCGCCAUGGGGAUUCGUUCAAACAAGAAGCACCGAGUUCUUGAUCAACGGUUCUCCUUUCCUCUUCAAUGGCUUCAACUCGUACUGGCUGAUGAAUGUCGCUUCGCAGCCCACUGAGAGGUUUAAAAUCACCGACGUCUUUGGCCAGGCUGCCGCCGUCGGCCUCAACGUCUGCCGGACAUGGGCCUUCAAUGACGGAGCCGACCACGCUCUGCAAAUCUCCCCCGGAGUUUACAGCGAACCCGUCUUUCAGGCCCUUGAUUUUGUGAUUGCUGAGGCUAGAAAAUUCGGGAUUAGGAUGAUAUUGACCUUGACUAACAACUACCGUGACUACGGAGGAAGACCACAGUAUGUGGCAUGGGCUAAAGCUGCCGGCGUGGCCGUUAACGGCGACGAUGAUUUUUACACUAACGCCGUCAUCAAAGGUUAUUACAAAAACCAUGUCGAGAAAGUGCUGACACGUGUCAAUACAGUAACUGGAGUUGCUUAUAAAGAUGACCCCACGAUCAUGGCAUGGGAGCUGAUGAACGAGCCACGUUGCCAAUCUGAUUGCUCUGGCAACACCAUCAACAGAUGGGUGCAAGAAACGGCGUCGUUCUUGAAAUCCACAGACAGCAAGCACUUGUUGAGCGUAGGCAUGGAAGGCUUCUAUGGCGAUUCUUUUCCGGACAGAAAGCAGUUUAAUCCUGGUUACCAAGUUGGCACAGAUUUUAUAAGAAAUCAUCUUAUCAAGGAGAUUGAUUUCACUACAAUCCACGCCUAUCCUGAUAUAUGGCUAUCGGGGCAAAACGAGGGAACACAAGCGUUGUUCAUGCAGAGGUGGAUGUCGAGUCACUGGACCGACUCGAGGACAGUACUAAGGAAGCCAAUGGUUUUGGCUGAGUUCGGGUUCUCAAGGAAAGACCCAGGAUACAGUGUGAGUGGAAGAGAC